AGGAAGCGCUUCCACUUUCAUAUCAUGUGAAGUUAUUGUAAACUGCACUAGGCCCUAUUUUAGCUUAUGGCCCCCACAUCAUCUUCCAAUGUUAGAACUUGGAUUUCUAAACGCCACGUCACUUCUAGUUCCUUCAAACUGCUCAUCAAAUCACAGAAAUCCCUAAAGAAGAAAUCAAGAACAGGAACAUCACAAAUUUCAUAUAAUGGUGCCCUUUUCUUUAUCUUCAUCAGCUGUAAUUUGCAGUCCCAAAUUCCCAUUAUCAUUUCCAUCUCCUAAUGAAAGCGAGAACCCGAAUUCUGUAGUGGUCUCUUUGAAUUCUCGUCCACCAACAAAAAAAUUGUUAAUGAGAUACUGUUUUGCUUAUUCUUCUCGUGCUGUGAUAAAAUGUUUCUCACAGAAACAGCCCGCCGAGCAGCAGCAGCUUGUAGAAGAAAAUGAAGAAGUGUAUGAAUUUGAGAGGCUAUUUUCUAACCUUAAUCAAGCCACACUGAAUAGAGAACCUGGAAGCCUUAGCAGUGCGAUUUCUCUUGUUGCUGGCACAACUGUAGGCGCUGGGAUCCUUGCAAUUCCUGCAGUGACACAAGAAGCUGGAUUUCUGGCAUCUGCUGUAACCUGCAUCUUCUGCUGGAUAUUUAUGGUCGUGACUGGACUGCUCAUGGCCGAAGUAAAUGUGAAGACAAUGUGUGAGCUGGGUUCUGGUGGUGUCUCAUUGGUAUCGAUGGCCAUGAGAACCCUUGGAGGCGCUGGAGUACAGGUCGCCUGCUGGUCCUACAUUUUCAUUCACUAUGCUCUUCUUGUUGCCUAUGUGGCUCGUUCUUCAGAUAUUUUGACAAACUUUUCCGGCCUCCCAAUAUGGGAAACUGCAACUUUGUUUUCACUGCUUCUUGGAGGUCUUUGCUACUCUGGAAGUCAGCGGAUUAUUGGUGCAGUAAAUGGUUCUCUAGUAUUUGGCAUCAUAGCAUCCUUCACAGCUCUCGUGGUAGUUGCAAGUGGAGACUUACACUGGGAUGCGCUUCUUAAAGCCAACUUCGAAGCUGCUCCUCGUAGUAUACCCAUUAUAGCACUUUCUUUCGUCUAUCAGAAUGUAGUGCCAAUUCUUUGCACAAACCUAGAAGGGAAUUUAUCAGAAGUAAGGACGGCAAUUGUUAUUGGCACAGCUAUUCCACUUGCUCUAUUUCUUGUUUGGAAUGCUGUCAUUCUUGGAACCAUCACAGAUAUGGGGUCGGGUACUAUUAUCGAUCCACUACAACUAUUGAGAACUACUAAUACAGUUGUUGGGCCAAUAGUUGAUGUGUUCUCACUUCUUGCGAUCGCCACAUCUUACAUCGGGUUUGUUCUAGGCCUUUCCGACUUCCUUGCCGACUUGCUGAAACUCCCGUCCGGUCAGAACAGACCUCUGCCAUAUCUACUUACUUUGUUUCCACCGUUGGUACUAUCGUUGCUCGAUCCAGAAAUAUUCUUUAAAGCCCUGGAUUUUGCUGGAACUUAUGGAGUGUUGGUGCUGUUUGGAGUUCUUCCAGCUGCAAUGUCCUGGAAAGAUCGGUAUUCAAAACCAUCAAAGUCUCCAAACAUUCCCCCGUUGGUUCCUGGAGGAAGAAUCACCCUCUCACUUGCGAUUGGAGGUGCAGGGUUCGUUAUUAUUUCUGAAAUACUUGAAAACUUCGGACAUGCAUAGUCGUAGGUAUGAAAUUAAUCCGCCAGGCCCCACACACACUCUCUGAACAGAUUUUACCUUUACGUGUUUUCUAAGAGAGACGACCUUUCGAAGAAAAGUACUUAUUCUAAUCAGGGUUUUAUUUAUGCUCGUCUAGCUAUUUCUUAUCUCCUUUGAAUUUACUUAUUAUCGUCCUAAUUUCCGACGAAAGUAGGUGGAAAACACAUAAAUUUACAGUGUAAAUAUAUACAUUGAUUUUGAA